UCUAUUAAAUUUCAUAAACUUCAUCCAUUUAUUUGGAUAACAAAGUCAUAAAAACUCCAUUUCCUAUGUUCCUCCAUUACAAAUUCAUUUAUCAAAAAAUUCAACAAAAGAUUUGUAAGAAACAAAAAAAAAAUGAGUAUCCAAACUACUCUCAAUAAAACCAGAACUGCAGAUUAUGAUCGAACAAACGAUCUGAAGGCGUUCGACGAACGAAAAACAGGAGUUAAAGGGUUAAUUGAUGAAGGAUCAAAGAAUAUUCCCAAUAUAUUUGUUAGACCACUCGAGGAUCGUUCCAAAGAUUUAGGUACUUGUCCUAAAAAUUUAAGUGUUCCCAUUAUAGAUUUAGCUCAUGUUCAUAAUCAUACCAACGAAGCAACAACAACAGAGGUUGCGAAAUCGAUUGUUUCGGCAUCAGGGAAAUGGGGUUUUUUUCAAGUUGUAAAUCAUGGGAUUUCUGUAGAAUUGCUAGAAAGAAUGAUUGAAGGAGGUCGAAGUUUUCAUGAGCAAGACGAUGUGAAUAAGAAAUUGUUUUAUAGUCGAGAUAAGUCGAAGAUUGUGACGUUUAAUUCUAAUUAUGAUUUUUAUAAAUCAAAUGCUGCUAAUUGGAGGGAUAGUUUGUCUGUCAACACUGUUUUUACUGGUGAAGUUUAUCCUCAUGAGCUUCCUCCUGUUUGCAAGGAUGUGAUAGUGGAGUAUAUCGACCAUGUCAUUAAACUAGGUGAUCUAAUACUAAUGUUGUUAUCAAUUGGGCUUGGACUAAAACCAGACUAUCUAAAACAAAUGGAAAGUACAAAAGCUUGGAACUUUGUUUGCCAUUACUAUCCAAUGUGUCCAGAGCCAGAAUUAACUUUAGGCACCAGCAAACACGCCGACGCCUCCUUCAUUACAAUACUUCUACAAGAUCAAAUUGGUGGUCUACAAGUUCUUCAUGAAAAUCAAUGGGUUAAUGUUGAGCCCGUUAAGGGUGCCUUGAUUGUCAACAUUGGUGAUGCACUUCAGAUUGUAUCAAAUGACAAGCUCAAAAGUGUAUAUCAUAGAGUGAUUGCAAAAAGUAUUGGGCCAAGGAUUUCUAUUGCUUUCUUUUUGAAAGGCCUUUUUUCGUCUCCGAAGUUGUAUGGCCCAAUUAAGGAACUAUUAUCGAAAGAAAAUCCAGCUCUUUAUAGAGAAUUUACUUUGGAGGAGUUCCUUACCCACUUCAUCACUAGACCACUUGAUCAACCAGGAAUUGACCAUUUCAAACUCUGAUCACGACAAUGAAUUUUCGUACUCCCUUAGUCCUUUUUAUUCUUCAUAUCUAGAUAAAAAAAGUCAAAGUAAGAAGAACAAAUAGAGACGAAGGGAGUUGAUAUUCAAGAAGUCGGAAGACUUGAUAGAUAUAUCUUGAUUUCAGCAUGUAUGUAAUCAAAUAGAUAAUUUGUUGGCAUUGUCCAAUGAUAAAUGUUACUAGUUUUUGUCU